AGAACGGGAUUUACGUCGUACUUUGCAAAAGCAGCAUCACCAACGUUCUCAUGUGUAGUGAAUGGUCAAGAAGAGUUGGUAUGGGAUGAUUCCUCAGCUUCUUCGAGCCUAUAUAAAUCGCCUAUUCUUAAUCAAUAUCCGUAACAUUCUACGUUUUUUCAUCGUAGCAAUUGAAAGUUUCUACCUUUUUGUCACCAUGUCCAACCCCAAAUCAGAGUCAGAGUCUCAACCCUCUGCUUCAGAAGCUGCACCCUUCGAUCCCACACAACCCUCGAUACCCAUUUCUUAUCCAAUGAAAACCCUUGAGGAACUCGAGUCUCGCUCCUACUUCGAGUCCUUUCACUACCCUUUCAACAAAGCUUCGGUUCCCAUUGUUCCCAAUGCUUCUUCGUUACCCAAUAGGCGAAGAUUGCUAGUGUGUCAUGAUAUGGCUGGGGGUUACUUGGAUGAUAAGUGGAUUCAAGGUGGCACAAACCCUCAUGCUUAUGCAAUUUGGCAUUGGCAUUUGAUCGAUGUUUUUGUCUACUUUUCCCACACCCUUGUUACUCUUCCUCCUCCUUGCUGGAUUAACACUGCUCAUCGCCAUGGUGUUAAGGUGUUGGGGACUUUCAUCACCGAAUGGGAUGAGGGAAGGGCUGCCUGUGAUACACUGCUUUCAACAAAGGAAUCUGCACAAAUGUACGCAGAACAUCUGGCAGAGCUCGCUGUUGAUUUAGGCUUUGAUGGGUGGCUAAUAAAUAUGGAGGUAAAUUUGAAUCCAGGGCAAAUUUCUAAUUUGAAAGAGUUUGUAUACCAUUUAUCAUUAACAAUGCAUUCUUCUCUGUCUGGAUCAUUAGUGAUAUGGUAUGACAGUGUUACAGUCGAUGGUAAACUGAAGUGGCAAGAUCAACUAAACAAGCAUAAUAAGCCAUUCUUUGAUAUAUGUGAUGGAAUAUUUGUAAACUAUACAUGGAAGGAAGACUAUCCAAGGCUCUCUGCUGCUGUUGCCAGUGAUCGGAAGUAUGAUGUAUACAUGGGAAUUGAUGUAUUUGGGAGGAACACAUAUGGUGGUGGGCAAUGGAAUGCAAAUGUUGCUCUUGAUUUACUGAGAAAGAAUGACAUCUCUGCUGCAAUAUUUGCUCCUGGAUGGGUCUAUGAGACAAAACAAGCCCCUGAUUUUGAGACUGCUCAAAAUAGUUGGUGGGGUCUUGUGGAAAAUUCAUGGGGAGUGCUGCAAAAAAGUCCUGGAGUACUACCAUUCUACACAAAUUUUGAUCAGGGACGUGGUUAUCAUAUUUCAGUUCAUGGUGACAAUGUAUCAGAGGCCACUUGGAACAAUAUUUCUUGCCAAGGCUUUCAGCCACUCCUUGAGUUUGCUGAUCCUACAAAUUCUAUUCAAGUUCUUGUAGACUUGAAGGAAACAUCAUAUAGUGGAGGGGGGAACGUUACAUUCAAAGGGUCUCUUGGAGAGCAAAAUUACAUUGAGAAGAAAAUCUUUCAAGGACAGCUUCUUUUGAGCAAGUUGCCCAUCCACUUUAUUUAUUCUGUCAAAUCUGAUGGCAAUUCCUCAUUGGGACUUAAGCUUGAGUUCACUUCCACCAACCACCAAAGAACAUCUAUACUUCUCACAUCCUGGGUGGCGAAUCAUUUCUCAAGCAAAUUCAGCAAAGUAAUCAUGACUCGUGAACACAAGGAAUUUUCCCCUGGAUGGGUUAUAAAUGAAGGCGUAAUUGCAAUGAAUGAAUCAUACACCUUAACAGAAAUCCAUGCAGUGUGCUACAGAUCAGAUUCUCCAUUCAAUGACAGUGAUGGAACGGUGGCUUCUUCAUCAGAGUAUUUUGCACUUCUUGGUCAUAUCACAAUCAAGACUUCUGACUACAAGUCAGAUUUUCCUGUGUCUUCUUCCUGGAUAGUUGAUGGCAGCUACAUAAAAUGGAUAUCAGGUUCUCUAGGUUCAAAGACCCUUAGCGUUAAAAUUUCUUGGAAUCUAAAAGACGUAGAGAACUAUCUGUUUCCAAAGUACAAUGUGUAUUUGGUGAAAUUAUCAAAGCAAGAGUCUGGUAAACCAGGUACAACAUUAGAUCAUGUGAAAGAGUACCUUGGAGUAGCACAAGUAAACUGUUUUUAUGUUUCUGAUCUCAAAGUUCCUUCAGGAACUUCAAGUCUCAAAUUUAUAAUACAAGUCUGCGGUGUUGAUGGGACACUUCAGGAGCUGGAUGAGUCUCCAUCUUAUGAAUUGGAGGUUGAAGCUCCCUAAAUUGUUAUUAGAAUGUAACUUCAUUUCUCCAAUAAAGGAAGGUUAUGUUGUGGCAGCUACAUAUCAUGUUAUGCUGAAGUAAGCAAUAAAACUUCUCUUUAGAUUUAUACCUAAUAAGGUUUGAUUAUUAU